UAUACAUUUAAAUGGUGUGCUGGCGGGGUGGUAACGUAACUUUAGUAAUCAAUUUAAAACACUUGCUGUGUUUUUUUAAAUAAACGGAGAAAUUAGUCCAAAUUAAAAACUUUUUGUCUCGAUAUUACCUUUGUCACUACAGAAUUACAUGACAGAGAGAAGUAAUUUUAAACUUGGAGUGACUUUACAUCGCGUUUAUUAAUAAGACAGUGGUUGUUUUCCGAAUAAUGUGGAUAAUAGUCAGUUUUUUGUUUCUUGUACCUUUGUCGCCUGGUGUGCGAGGGGCUGAUGAGCUAACAGUGAAGUUGAAACAAGGAUAUGUCCAAGGAUAUUUGGAUCCCGAUGGAGGAUUUUACGCGUUCUAUGGAAUCCCGUAUGCUACUGCACCAACUGGUGAUAAUAAGUUUAAGGCUCCCCUUCCCGGUCCAGUAUGGCUGGAUGUUUUUAAAGCUGUUGAUGAUACUAUUAUCUGCCCACAAAAAGAUUUUUUUAAUUUACUUCCAAAAAAAAUGAGAAUAAAAGCAGACUGCCUCAUAGCAAAUGUAUUUGUGCCAGAUACAAAGGAGAAGAAUCUACCAGUAGUGGUGCACAUCCACGGUGGCGGCUUCCAUAUUGGCUAUGGAAAUUUAAAUACUUAUAAACAUUUGAUCAGAAGCAAGAGAAUAAUUUUUGUAACAUUUAAUUACCGACUUGGACCAUAUGGAUUCUUAUGUCUUGGAACAAAAGACGCUCCAGGUAAUGCUGGGAUGAAAGAUCAGCUGGCUUUGCUACGCUGGGUUAAUCAAAAUAUUGCCGAAUUUGGUGGCAAUCCUGAAGAUGUUACUAUUGACGGAUAUAGCGCUGGUUCCUCGUCAAUCGAUCUGUUAAUGCUAUCGGAAAAUGCAAGAGGACUGUUUCAUAAGGCUAUACCAGAGAGUGGCGCUGGAGUUGCAGCAUUUAGUGUACAAACAGACCCUAUAGCGAACGCUAUAGAAUAUGCAAAACUACUAAAUUAUACAGGUCCUGGUAGUGUUGCUGAAUUAGAAAAAUAUUACAAAAGCCUACCUUACGAAUUGCUUGUAUCAGGUGACGUAACGGCCAGAGAAGAUUCAGUGUUUUUGAUGUCACCUUGUAUUGAAAGUAAAGAAAACAAAGAUGCCUUUUUAUCUGAAAGUCCUGAUAAUAUCUUGAAAAGUGGUCUUUAUCCGAAAAUACCGAUAUUAUACGGAUUUUCAUCAAUGGAAGGACUUUUACGUUUAGAGUCGUUUGAUAAAUGGAAACAGGAAAUGAAUGAUAAUUUCGAAGCAUUUCUUUCUCCUGAUUUAAAAUUUAAAAACGAAGAUCAAAAGAAAAAAGUUACUAGGAAAAUUAGAGAGUUUUAUUUUGGAAAAACUGAGAUAAACAAUGAUCAAAUUUUGAAUUUUAUUAAUUAUUUUACUGAUGUUAUGUUUUCUUAUCCUACAUUAAGAUCAGUGAAAUUACACGUAGAGGCGGGACACAAACAAAUAUAUUUGUAUGAAUUCUCAUUCGUUUACGAUGAACUUCCCAUCAUUCCACAUACAAAUAUUCGUGGAGCUGGUCAUUGCAGUGAAACGGCUACUGUAGCUGAUGGAUCUCCUACUUUGAAUUACACAAACUCAAGGCUUCAAGAGAUGAGGAAUUUGACAAGGAGUAUCUGGUUAAACUUUAUAACUACUGGGAAACCAAUUCCUGAAGAUUCAGAGCUGCCUCCUUGGCCACCAGUAAGGAAGAGCUGGUCACCACAUAUGUUACUAGAUCUACCGUUGAGCCUCAGGGGUUCUUUACUGAAGGAACGUACUCUGUUCUGGGAUCGGAUUUACAAAGAACAUUAUCAGCAGCCAAUGCCACCACUGGGCUCAUCACGUAGAAAAAUUCUAGGUGAAACCAAUACAAUUGAGUGCAAAUAAAUACAUUUCAUCAUGCCUGUCUGCCAAAACGAGCACGCAGGCUAAGCCUACAUACCUCGAAUAGCUAAAGUCUUGACUUACUUCUCUGGUUUCUCUCACUUACAUAAAUCUUUUAAUCUUAAUCAAGAAUUCACUCUUGACCUUACUCUACCGUAUUAGGGCUAUUUAUUUUUUAUUAUGAUUUGAGGAUUAAAAUACACUUAAAUCCUAGGAUCUAGUGUGCGCCCUGCUUGCGCUAGCACGUCACUAAUUAUAGAUAUAGGGAGUUGCUAUCAUCUCCCUAUUUUAUAACGCCCUAAUUAGAUGUGGAAAAAUCGAAACUACUACUAGCUACUAGGUAGGAAACGUGUGCAUUGUGCAGAAGUUUAAAUUAUAUAUAUCUUUAUGACCUAUUUUAAAGAGGCGUAGGAUGCUCGGAGGGAUUAGGUCUGUGCUUUGAGUAAAUGUACGCAUUUCACUCUGAGAACGCAAUGUUAUUAUUGUUACCAAACCAAGAGGGAUGUCAACACGGAGAUUGUUACCAAAUUGUUGUUGGAUUUAUCCAUUGUCAAGCGAAAGGAAAUUGUUGACUCGUCAUGGUCAUUCAAUAGCAAGUUUUUUUCUGCAAGGAUAAUUAUUUCAGAGCAUUGGUAGCGCAUUUCACUUAUUAUUACAGGGAUACAAUCUCAAAUUUUCUGCUUUUUUCAAGUAAAGUAGUGCAUACAAUGGGCUAUUAUAACACACGAGUCGACGGCGCCUGAAAAGAGCCUUACUUCAGAGUUUGUUAGACCAAAAAUGUAAUUUAUAAUUUAAUAAAUAUUCAGGAAAAAAUUGU